CUCAAUCAGGCGAUGGUGCUUGGCGAUGUUGAUAACGAUAAGUAUAAUGAGCUUGUUGUGGGGAACAUCGAUGGAGACUUGUCAGUCUUUAAAGGCAGCAGUGUCACACCAUGGAGAAAGACCUCCGAUCUUGGAAUGAUAACAUGUAUAGGUCUAGGAGAUAUAUGCAAUAAAGGAAAGAACAACCUGGUUUGUCUGACAGCUGAAGGUUGGUGCUACAUCUUCGACAUCAGGCCGGAGGGCAGCUCAGAGUUCCUCAAAGAAGAUGAGAGUGAUAUUGACAUUAGAAUCCUCAAGCCUGCCUACACACAACAUCUCCCAGCCAACGGCAAGGUGAUGCUGAUAGCUGAUACAGAUGGUGAUGGCCAGACAGAGUUGGUCGUUGGCUACUCAGACCGAGUGGUGCGGACUUUCCGAUGGCAGUCAGGGCUGGACAGUGACGCCUACUCAACUGGACAGUUCAUACAGCACCAGAAGUGGCAGCUGGCCGGUCAGAUUGGAUCCAUUACGGUGAACAGUUGUGGUGAGGGCAAGCCUCAGCUGCUGGCGUCCCAACCUGGGGGAACGCUGGUCACACUGCUGCAGGGGACCAACAUCAGGAUAGAGCAGCCCCACAUAGAACACAGUGAGGAGUCAACUCAGCAGUCCUUUGUGUACCAUCCCCUGGGGUCCUGCAGAGCUCGCAACAAGGAAGUGUCAACUGUCAUCGUUGGUGGAAUAAAACGAGAGAGAAAGGAAAAAGACGACAAAGCUUCCUCUUUCUAUGCCCUGGCCACUCUAGAUGGUAGCCUUGUGCUUGUACAGUCUGACAAGACCGAGUCGGACAAGAUCGUGUGGUCACUACAGGUCGAUCACCAGCUGUUCUCUCUCCACAAACUGGACGUUACGGGUAACAAUCGUGAGGAGGUUGUAUGUUGUUCCUGGGAUGGGCAGACGUACAUCGUCAACCACAGCCGUGAGGUGGUGAGGUACCAAUUUGAAGAGAAUGUUGCCGCUUUCUCUGCAGGUUUCUUUGCUCUGCCAGACCAAGGCAACGUGCCAUGUUUUGUGUACGCAACGUUCAACAACCGCAUCUACAUCUACUACAAUAUCAGCCUCCCCGAGGUGGAGUCCACCAACCUCCUCACCGUCAUGGGCAGGAGAGACGACACGCGGCAGCUGCUGGCCAGGAUGAACAUUGAUCCUAAGCGAUCCGACCAGCUGCGACAGCUGUAUCACUGGGUGCUGUAUGGCUUCCACGGCAAGACAUGACCAACUGAGCAGACCUACACCUACCAACGGAAGACAUGACCAACUGAGCAGACGUACGCCUACCAACGGAAGACAUGACCAACUGAGCAGACCUACACCUACCAACGGAAGACAUGACCAACUGAGCAGACCUACACCUACCAACGGAAGACAUGACCAACUGAGCAGACCUACACCUACCAACGGAAGACAUGACCAACUGAGCAGACCUACACCUACCAACGGAAGACAUGACCAACUGAGCAGACGUACACCUA